AUGGACAUGAACAGCAUGGACCAUGACACCAUGGCUUCCCCGUCUCCGUCUUCAUCCCACUCGACAAUGACUAUGGUCUUCAUCAAUGCCCACGACACUCCGCUCUUCUCCUCUCAAUGGACGCCCUCGUCCUCUGGCAGCUACGCAGGCACCUGUAUCUUCCUCAUCGUCCUAGCCAUCAUCGCCCGCGCUCUUGUCGCAUUCAAGGUUCUAAUGGAACGGCACUGGUUAGACGUCCACCUGAACCGUCGCUACAUCGCCAUAGCCGGUAAAUCCACCGAGGCGGGGCGCAUCGAAACGGAUCCCGAGGCGAAGAAAGCAUCGCUGGUGUCGGCGCAGGGCGUCGAGGAGUCCGUCAAGGUGGUGCGACGCGCCGCGCGCGACCCUCUGCCCUGGCGGUUCAGCGUGGACUUACCGCGGGCUUUUCUUUAUUUCCUUAUUACGGGGGUGUCUUAUCUUCUGAUGUUGGCUGUGAUGACGAUGAAUGUGGGGUAUUUCUGUUCUGUCCUUGGGGGGGCUUUCUUGGGGGAGCUGGCUGUGGGACGGUAUGUUCAGUGGGGGGAGCAUGAUCAUUGA